AUGAACCUCGCCCUCCUUAUCUUCAAAGACGCAGCAGAUGAGAGACAGGCUCAGCAGGGAGCCACCCCAGGGGUCCUGGCACUGCCCCAGUCAACCGGGGGGGUUGGGGGGGAGUGCGCGGCUCACCCCUCCUCCCGCAGCUCCGACAAAGAGGCUACCGCCAAUAGGGCCCGGGGCAGGACAGGACCACCACCCGGGGCAGGACAGGACCACCACCCGGAGGGGGUGACACCCCACCUAACCACCGGCAUUGAGCUGGCAAUCCGUGCCGGGGCCUUAGGAGGAUGCCCGGUUAAAAAAGAGAGAAAAGCAGAAGCAUUACGCCACAGGACCGCAGCCCCGACCACCCCCCGCAACCAACAGCCCAGACGAAGAGUGGACCUCGCCCCGCAAACCCUGCCAUAUGGAAAAGUUAAAGUGACACAGGAGUUGAAGAAUACAAACACAGACCAGUUAACAAGACUGCACUUUAAAAAUCAAACUGAAUGCGACCUGCUGGAAGACAUGAGGAGCUACAGUCUGAAGAAGGGACAGCUUGAGAGGGAUUAUGCACAGGCUCUGCAAAAGUUAGCCAGCCAAUACCUAAAGAGAGACUGGCCUGGAAUAAGUCUUGAUGACCAGAGAACAGACUACAGGAAUGUGUAUGCAGUAUGGCGGUCCUACUUAGAGGGUACGGUGCAGGUGAGCCAGUCCAGACUCAAUGUGUGUGAUGACUACAAGAGUCAAAUUUCAGAUCCUGCAAAAACCGUCAGACUCUACAAGGAGCAGCAACUAAAAAAGAUCAUUGAUCAGUUAAGUGGCAUUCAAGCGGAGCUACAGGAAUCAGUGAAGGAAUUGGCGAAAGCCAAGAAAAAGUACUACGACUGUGAGCAGGUUGCCCACGCAGUACGAGAAAAGGCGGAUAUAGAAGCCAAAUCUAAACUGGCUCUUUUCCAGUCAAGAAUUAGCUUGCAAAAAGCAAGCGUAAAGUUAAAAGCAAAGAGAAGUGACUGCAAUUCAAAGGCAACGCAAGCUAGAAACGACUAUUUGUUAACAUUAGCUGCUGCCAACGCUCACCAUGACCGCUACUACCACACAGACCUGCUUCACUGCAUACAGGCUUUGGACGGCAGAAUCUAUGAGCAUGUGAAAGACUACCUAAUAGCAUUGUGCCGCACGGAGUUGGAAGCCUCCCAAGCAACACACAACACCUUUCAGUUCUUGUUGGACAAAUCCACCAGGAUAAUACAAGAGUUCAACCAGCAGUUGUUCAUGCAAGAGAACCCAGUGUUCCACAAAGCACAUGACUUCCAAUUCCAGCCUAGUGAGUGUGACAAGACUCUAAGCUCGGUGCAGCAGUUGGUGGACAUUGAGCCUUCACCCGUCAGUGCCAUGAGAAUGACCCUGGCACAGAGUCGUCAGCUGGAGUCUGAGAUGGGGACCACCGAGGAGCACAGUCUGAAUAAGGAGGCCAGAAAAUGGGCGACACGAGUAGCCAGAGAACACAAAAAUAUCAUACACUACAAAAGGUCACUGGAGGAGUAUGAGAGUCAUGGACUGCCCCCCACUGAACAGGGCAGAGCUGAUUUGGAGAUGAAGAUAGAAGAAUCCAAAGAAAACAUUCGCAAAGCUGAGACAAUAAAGUUAAAAGCAGAAGCUCGGUUGGACCUCCUGCGGCAGGUGGGCGUUGCUGUGGAUACCUGGCUGAAGAGUGCCAUGAAUCAGGUGAUGGAGGAGCUCGAGAAUGAGCGCUGGGCCAACUACACUUCCCAUGAUCCCUCACUGUCGGGUACAGUUGACUUGGAGCGUGAGGACGGUGACGAAUGUGAAGAGAAUAUGGAGGUUUUUGACGACAGCAAUUCCAGUCCUUCGGGAACCCUUCGCAAUUACCCACUGACCUGCAAAGUCCUCUUCUCAUACAAGGCUUCCCAGCCGGAUGAGUUAACCAUUGAUGAACAGGAGAUGUUGGAGGUCAUUGAGGAUGGGGACAUGGAGGACUGGGUCAAGGCUCGCAAUAAGACAGGUCAAGUGGGAUAUGUUCCUGAGAAAUACCUUCAGUUUCCCGCAUCCAACAGUCUGCUGAGCAUGCUUCAGUCACUGGCAACACUGGAUGCACGAUCUCACACUUCUUCCAAUUCAACCGAGCCAGAGUUGCACUCUGGAUGUGUGAAUGGGGAUGUUAACAUGGUGUAUGUACGAGCACUUUAUGAUUACGAAGGCCAGGCAGAGGAGGAACUCUCCUUCUCGGAGGGAGCAGUAAUUCGUCUUUUAAACCGGGACACUCAGACAGACGAUGGCUUCUGGGAGGGAGAGCUCAAUGGAAAGGUUGGCGUCUUCCCAUCUGUUUUGGUGGAGGACCUGACAGAAAAUGGAGAGACCGGUGUGGGAGGGACCAAUGACAUACAGAUUUCUCCCUCUGCAAAGGUGCCAUCAUCUCUUCCACCUCUUCCGCUGUAUGAUCAACCUCCCAUAAGCCCAUUCACCAGCCCGGAGAGCUCUACCCCGCCGUCUCUCCCGCGCUCACCCUCUGCUGCACUCAACGGGGAUCACAAACUUCCACUGCCAGCCUCAUCGCACAAGGCGUCAUUACCCACCACCAAUCAAAAUUCUGGCAGGAGUCCCGUUUCACCUGGAUUUCAAACAAAGCUGCCUCGAUUCCCUCCUGAAGGCGGUCCAGGAAAACUAAGACCUGUGCGUGCUGCUCCUCCGCCACCCAAACAGCAAUCUCGCCGACAUCAUGGGAAGAGCGACAAGGCUGAGGAGGUGGAAAUUACACUGGUGUAA